UGACAGUUUGCAGUAACUGUCGUCUGCUUUUAGCCUUAGAUUAGCCAUAUUCAUAGGCUUUGCUUGCAAACACGCCCCGUCCCUCCUCUCUGCCCGUCAGGUUCAACACUACUGCCUCUUUUUAACCCCUGCCACCGUCUGCUGCACAUUUAUCGCCUUUAUUCUCGGGACAGCAGACCGUGGACUUUUAACUCUUCACUCCAUUUAACCGGCUCGUGUGUGCGUGUGUGCUCUUCUUCGGUUCAUCGGCCAGAUGGAGGACUACCAUAAACCCGACCAGCAGACUGUGCUGGCGCUCAGGAACAUCGCCACCAAGCUCCGGAUCAACUCCAUCAAGGCGACAACUGCAGCGAGCAGCGGUCAUCCCACAUCAUGUUGCAGCGUGGCAGAGAUUAUGUCCGUGCUGUUCUUUCAUACCAUGAAGUACCGACCUGAAGACCCCCGUAACCCCAACAACGACCGCUUCAUCCUCUCCAAGGGUCAUGCAGCCCCUGUGCUGUACGCCGUGUGGGCGGAGGCGGGCUACCUAAAGGAGAACGAGCUCCUCAACCUCCGCAAGGUGGACUCCAUCCUGGAGGGACAUCCUGUGCCGAAGCAGCAGUUUGUGGAUGUGGCCACUGGAUCUCUGGGUCAGGGGCUGGGAGCUGCCUGUGGAAUGGCCUACACUGGAAAAUACUUUGACAAGGCCAGCUAUCGGGUGUUCUGCCUGCUUGGUGAUGGAGAGAUAUCCGAGGGCUCGGUGUGGGAGGCCAUGGCCUUCGCCUCUUACUACCAGCUAGACAACCUGGUGGCCAUUUUGGACAUCAACCGUCUGGGUCAGAGCGACCCGGCUCCACUUCAGCACCAUGUGGAGAAGUACCAGCGACGCUGUGAGGCUUUUGGAUGGCAUGCAAUCAUUGUGGAUGGCCACAGUGUGGAGGAGCUGUGUAAGGUGCUGAGUCAACCCCGCCACCAGCCACUUGCCAUCAUCGCCAAGACCAUCAAGGGCAAAGGCAUCCCAGCGGCUGAGGAUAAAAUGGGCUGGCAUGGUAAACCUUUGCCCAAAGACAUGGCCGACAGCGUGAUCAAGGAGAUGCAGAGCCGCGUCGUCAGCUGCAACAAGCGCCUGUAUCCUGCUCCGCCCACUGAGGAUGCCUCACCUGUCAGCCUCCGUAACGUCCGCAUGCCGAGUGCACCCAGCUACAAACCUGGAGAGAAGAUUGCUACAAGGAAGGCCUACGGCAUGGCUCUGGCCAAGCUGGGCCGUUACAACGACCAUGUGGUGGCUCUGGAUGGAGACACCAAGAACUCCACCUUCUCUGAGCUCUUUAAGAACGAACACCCCAACCGCUACGUGGAGUGUUACAUCGCAGAGCAGAACAUGGUGAGCGUUGCAAUGGGUUGUGCCGUGAGGGACCGUAACGUGGUGUUUGCCAGCACUUUUGCUACAUUCUUCACCCGGGCCUACGACCAGCUCCGCAUGGCCAGCAUCUCUGAGAGCAACAUCAAACUCUGCGGCUCCCACUGUGGUGUCUCUAUUGGUGAGGACGGGCCCUCUCAGAUGGGUCUGGAGGACCUGGCCAUGUUUAGGGCCAUUCCCACGGCAACCAUCUUUUACCCAAGUGAUGGUGUCUCCACUGAGAAAGCUGUGGAGCUCGCCGCCAACACAAAGGGUUUGUGUUUCAUCCGAACGAGCCGCCCAGAGAACUCCAUCAUCUACAACUGCAAUGAGGACUUCCAUGUUGGUCAGGCUAAGGUUGUGUAUAAAACCAAUGACGACCAUGUUACUGUGAUCGGAGCAGGAGUGACCCUCCACGAGGCUCUGGCGGCUGCUGAACAGCUGAAGAAAGAAAGAAUUAAUAUCCGUGUGAUUGACCCGUUCACCAUCAAACCCCUGGACUCCAAGACCAUCAUCGACAACGCCAAGGCCACCAGAGGACGCAUCAUCACAGUGGAAGACCACUACUAUGAAGGUGGUCUAGGCGAGGCGGUGUGCUCUGCGGUAGUGAACGAGACUGGCUUCACUGUUCACCGCCUGGCAGUUUCCCAGGUGCCCCGCAGCGGCAAGCCCCAAGAGCUACUCCGAAUCUUCGGCAUCGACCGCGAUGCCAUCACUCAAGCGGUCCGUAAAGUGCUCACCAGCUCCGCCAAUGCCAAGUAAGAACGUUGCAGCAGCAGCGGCAACAAAUAUGGCAAAUAUGGACUCUGUGGUUAACUGGUGAUCACCAUGGAGACAACAAACAAGUAACCCAACACAAAAGGAGGGAAAGCACUUCUGGCCCACUCACGCUCUCCUCCUCGUAAAACUAUCUAAAGCAUUCGUUUGAGAAAUAAAAAAAAAAACAUAACCCAGCUUUUCUCUUAAACUGUCAUUGAUGUGGUUUUGCCCCAUUAGUUUGUGUAAACGCACCCUUCCCUUCACAAGCUCACAUCCACACCGCCACCCUCUAACCUCGUCCUACCUCCCAAAGAAAGCUCUGGUGCUGCUGUAGUGUUUCAGUAAAAAGCAGUGAACGUGGUUUGGAGUAAAAGUGAAGUCUUUUUUAUAUUUUCUGUGGAUCCCCUCUCACUUCAUCGGCCCAGCAUUUCGUACGUCUGCACCCGGUUCGACUCUUUAAAUCCCACCCCACUAGAUCCAGCAGGGUGUGGAGAAACUCUGGUAUGGUCUGUUUGAGCACUGACUGUAACCUUGUUGACCCCGACUUGGAUGCGACUGCUUCACACCAAUAAAGGGAAGGUUUCUUCACAA